AUGUCCUGGCUGGAGUUCCUCAAGGCCUCGCACUUUGCGCUGGGGCCCGACCCGCGGCUGCACGUGGACGCCAAGCAGUCCGCGUCGCACCGGGACUUUCCCGCCUACCGGAACGUUACCCGUGGGCUGCUGUGCCAGCCGCCGCCCCGCGCGUCCCUCUUCCAACAGGACGCGCGCUGGAACGGCCAGGAGCUCCUGUCGCAGACGCACUGCGCGUAUGCGCCCGCGUCACCGCUGCUGUCAAGGGAGCGGGAGCGGGAACUGGCACGGGAGCGCACGCUCGCCAUGCAGGCCAGCAACCUGCACGAGCACUCGGACUCCCGCGCCCGCACCGGCCUCUCCCCCGCGCGCGCCCACUGCGGCAGGCCGGCGCUUCCGGAGCGCGCCAGCGAGCAGAUCCGCGGCGCGCGCCUCAUCUUCGACCGCGACUCGGUGCCGUCCCGCGACCGAGCCAAGCUGCCCAUCCCGCCCAGCGCGCACCAGGAGUUCUUCUCGCUCCACAUUUGCCCGAAGCUCCGCGAGCCCUCCUGCCACUUCGGUGACCCUGCGACCUUAGUAUGGGAGCACAGGAGACAGGAUGACAGCACCUCCUACCAGAGACAGUUCCAGGCCCUUCCAGGCCCACUUGCCUUGACGUGUAAGAGGGCCUCCUCCAGCAUAGAACUGGGAGACUUCAAGAUUGGCUAUGGGCCCAUGUGUGCAGAGCAGAAACAAGCCUACAGGCCCCAGGUUCUGCCCCCAGACAGGUAUGACAAGGCCCAGGCCUCAGCCCACAUCCACGGUGUGAAUAUUCGACCUGGAGAUGGCCUCUUCCAUGACAGGACCACCAAGGGUGAACACUUCUAUACCCGGGAGCCAGGUGAGAGCCUGCUGCCUGCCCUGCCCCUCGCUCCCACAGCAGCCUCUCAGAGCUGCUCAGGACCUACUCUGCCACUGGCAGAGCCUUUUUUUCUUCACCACGACCAGACUCCGGAGUCGCACAUCCUGGAGGGAAAUGGGUGCCCUGGUCCGGGCAGCCUCACCACCUCCACGCACUUCUUCCACGGCCAGCCGCUGCCCGCGACCAAGCCACCCAGCCGCCACAUGCCUCAUGAGAAAUUGCAGAGUCACAUAACCCUAGGGGAGCCGUCGCUGCUCGGACAGUUCUUCCAGACCUCCAUGGGCACAGACUAUUUACCCCCUGGGAUGCAGAAGCCGCCGAAAGCGCUCAACCUCCACUUGCUGCAGAGCAACCUGCCCCAGGGCACAGGCGAAACAGAUUUUUUAACCAUGAACCAGAAGAUGCUGAAGCCACACAGAACAGCUCCAGCCUCCAUGACUGAGGAGAUGCUACAGUGGUGCAAGUAUAGCCACUUGGAGCCCCCGCUGGGUAGACAGCGCUUCUUCUCAACCCUAAACAAGGAUGAGUUUGCUUUCAAGUACCAGGGCCCAGGAGUGCUGAGAUGGGACGACCUCCAGGAGAGUCAUGUGCCCCUGAGCUCCCCUCGCCAGUGGGGCUGUGGGGCUGGGAAGGUGGACCCUCGGGCCCCCCAGACCCCUACCUACCCAUGCCGCAGCCAGCAAUAAACACCACUUUGGCAACAUCCCACCACUUUCCAUCAGUCAGCCGUGAAAGAGGAUAGGGUGCCUGUGGGGUUGGUGAGAGAACGUACGGGAGAGAAUGACUCCAUGGAGAAGCCCUGAAUUUCCGCAGACCCUGGGUGUCAUCCCACUCUGGGCAGGGAGGCCAUCUCAGUUUGUGCAAAAGCUUGGUGGUCUGACGCUUGUAAGGUGUUCAGGUGAUACCACAAGUUCUUUCUUUCUUUCUUUUAUUCUUUUU